AUGACCGACCAAGCGGGCUCUGACUCUUCCCACCGGCCUUUGUUGAAGCGCAGCGUGAGAAUGGCGUCGAGGUCUCCGAGGCCCUCCAAGUCGGCCGCUACCCCGCCAAAAGCCGCCGUAGCUGCGCCUCAAACGCCCAAGGAGGAAGUCCGCCGUCGCAGGAAUCCCUUUAAUGACAUGCUCAAGCCCCGGACUGGAGGUACAGGUGAGCCUCCAAAGGAUACUCCGCCCGGGGGGCCUAACAGGCAGCAUGCACCCGAUGUGGACAAUGCACCACCACCUCCCAGCGACGAUGCUAUAGAUAGAAAACCGGCAGAGAGAAUCGCCGAUCUUGAAAGAGCCCUAGCCAUGGCCGAGGAGGAGCAAGUAUCAUGGAGAGAAGAGCUGGCCCAGGCGCAAACCCAAAGACAAGCCGACCAGGAUGUCAUUGACGAUUUAAGGCGGCAGCUCAAUGCAUCACGUUCAAAUGCGGAAAACCUGCCCCUUGAGGACUCGAGCCAUGUCUGGGAGAGCACAACCUAUGAUGCCGUACAGCGCGAAAGUGAAGAGCUCGUGCGCCAAAACUAUAAUUUACGUUGUCGAGUGGCACAGCUCGAGGAGCUGCUUGUGUCUCCCGACAGAGCUCAGGGGACUUCUACUCGACCAGAGUCGUCGGUGGAUGUACAGUUGCGUCUGCAUGCUGCCGAGAAAGAGUCUCAAGAAAGGCUCCAGCAAAUCAUUUCGCUCAAGUCGAGCAUAUCAUCCCUCACAAGGAUGCAGUCACAGGCCACAGACAGCGACCUUGUGGCAUCCUUCUCCGAGCUGGCAAAUCGCUUCCGAGAAUGGACCGUCUCAAAUUUCAGGAGGACCAAGCCUGACUUUGAAAACAUUCCCAAGGAGACACAAGAUACUCUUCGCACAAUAUAUCCUCAAUACAGGGCGGGCAGUCAGGGCGCGGACAAGCUUGCCCUAUAUCAAGCCAUCGUCUCGAACUCGCUCAUGUCCGUUUUCGAGAGCCCCCUAUUAUUCGGGCUGCCAGCAUCGCUGGCGGGACUCUGGUCCUUCGCAGAUCAGGUACAGAAUAGUGGUGCUGCCUACGGUGAAUGGAAACGUGCUACGAUACAGGUUCUUGAGUGCAGCAAAGUAGAACAAGACUUCGCCAAAGUAAGAGAGCAGUCUCUCCACCGUGUUCUUGGAGACAUCUGCCAUCUACUCUUCACGCUCACAUCUAUCAAUGUUUCCUCGAGCGCACAAUUGGGAUUGAGUGGGAUUCUCAAGCAAGCUGUAGAUCUGCAGCGAACGCUCGCCCUUCAAAAAGCGCAAUACCAGUUGCUCUUCUUCCGCAACCAGGAAAAGACAAUGUGUUUUGAUGACCGUACAAUGGAAGCUAUUAACGAUGUCGACCCUACCAUGGACGACGACUCCAGCAUGAAGACGGACCGGACAUUCCUCUUCUGCGCAUUCCCUGGUCUUGUUAAACAUGGUAACGAGUGGGGAGAGCACCUUGAGAUUAGCAACGUCCUGCUGAAGGCCAGAGUAUGUACAGGACUUGGAUGA